CGCGUCCGGCCGGCAUGGGGAGCGCGCGCGCCCUGGUCCUCUGCGCCCUGGCGGCUCUCGGCGCGCGCGGGUUCUGCCGUGUGGCCAACGCAGAGGAGAAGCUCAUGGAUGACCUGCUCAACAAAACCCGCUACAACAACUUGAUCCGCCCAGCCACCAGCUCCUCCCAGCUCAUCUCCAUUCAACUGCAACUCUUGGUGGCGCAGCUCAUCAGUGUGAAUGAGCGUGAGCAGAUCAUGACCACCAACAUCUGGCUGAAACAGGAAUGGACCGACUACCGCCUAGCAUGGAACAGCUCCCGCUAUGAAGAUGUCAAGAUCCUAAGGAUCCCAGCCAAGCACCUCUGGCUGCCUGACAUUGUGCUUUACAACAACGCGGAUGGGUCCUAUGAAGUGUCCCUCUAUACCAAUGCCCUGGUGUGGUCCAACGGCAGUGUCAUGUGGGUGCCUCCUGCCAUCUACAAGAGUGCCUGCAAGAUUGAGGUGAAGCACUUCCCCUUUGAUCAGCAGAACUGCACCCUCAAGUUCCGCUCCUGGACCUACGACCACACAGAGAUCGACAUGGUCCUCAAGUCACCAUCAGCCAGUAUGGACGACUUCACACCUAGUGGCGAGUGGGACAUCGUGGCCCUGCCAGGGCGGAGGACAGUGAACCCACAGGACCCCAGCUAUGUGGACAUCACCUACGAUUUUGUCAUUAAGCGCAAGCCACUAUUCUAUACCAUCAACCUCAUCAUCCCUUGCAUGCUCAUCACUUCCCUGGCCAUUCUGGUCUUCUACCUGCCGUCGGACUGUGGCGAGAAGAUGACACUGUGCAUCUCGGUGCUACUGGCGCUCACUGUCUUCCUGCUGCUCAUCUCCAAGAUCGUGCCCCCUACCUCGCUGGAUGUGCCCCUCAUCGGCAAGUACCUCAUGUUCACCAUGGUGCUGGUCACCUUCUCUAUCGUCACCAGUGUGUGUGUGCUCAAUGUGCACCACCGCUCGCCCAGCACACACAGCAUGGCGCCCUGGGUCCAGCGCUACUUCCUGCACCAGCUGCCCACCUUCCUCUUCAUGAAGCGUCCAGACAGUGGCCCCCCAUGUAGCUCCCAGCCUAGCCAGCCCCUCCCAGCCAGAGCCCCCCACCUCUAUGGUAACUCCAUGUUCUUUGUGAAUCCUGCCUCUGUGGAGUCCAAGUCUCCAGCGGGCUCGGACUCCAUGGGGCUCCCUGGGGAUGUCCGGCUGCGACCUUCUGGGCGCUUCCAGCAGGAGGUGCAAGAGGCGAUGGAGGGCGUCAGCUUCAUAGCUCAGCACAUGCGGAGUGAAGACCAAGAUCAGAGCGUGGUCGAAGACUGGAAAUAUGUGGCCAUGGUGGUUGACCGGCUCUUCCUGUGGGUGUUUGUGGUCGUGUGUGUGCUCGGCACCGGGGGGCUCUUCCUGCCUCCCCUCUUUCAGACCCACAAACCUCCAGAGCAACCCUAGGCUGCCCGGGUUGGAGAAGAUGAUGGCCCCUGCCAAGUCUGAAAUAGUGAGAACUGUGAUCAACAGCCCUUCCCAGGGCCCUGCGAGGGAGGGGAGAGGCUGGGUGGGUGCCUGGGCCUUGGAGGAACCUUUGGAAACCCUGGCAUGAAACUGCUUGGUGUAGUUCAUUCGUCCAGCAGAGGGAAGA